ACACUGCUUUCUACUGUUUGUUCUGUAACUCAGCAUAAUGUUUAGAAAGGCUAGUUUAAGCCUCAAGACAUUUUGUCUUGGUGUCUUGGUGAAGCGUAGGCCUCAAGGCAUAUUAAAAAAAAAGGAAGACCACAUGUACAUGAGUGGUCUAUUCCCACAAUUUAUUAAUAGCCUCACUUUUGGCGAAGGAAAACCAUGAUUACAAUAACAAAACAGCACAAAACAAAACAAAAGAAAAAGAUCACAAACAAAAACAGCCUCAUUGAGCCAAGACACAACAAAACAUUAUAGAAUUAAGUUCCAGUCUCUAGGGAAGCAAGAGAAAGGACCGUCUUUGAAACCCUUAACUUCGUUUAACCACAAAGCAAUCCAAAGCUUGAUCUUACCCUACAAAUCAUCUGUAUCACUACUCUGAUCCUCAAAAAUAACCAAACACCCCACCAAACUGCGGCCCACCGCGGUUGUCCACAGAAUUUGACCUUCCUUACUUCUACUAACAUAAAAUAAAAAUUGUUUUGCACAAGAUUGAGAUAUCACCCAACUCAUCUUUAGCUCAUCAAGGAGUCUAUACCACAAGUUUAAAACAAUCUCACAAUGAAGGAAAAGGUGGCUGACAUUUAAACUAGCCUUCUGACACAACACGCACCAGCCCGAAGAGAUAAACAUAAACAAUUUCCUCUUUUGAAGCACUUCAUGCACAUUAAGCCUCCCCCACAACAAUAACCACAAAAACAUUCUGACUUUUGGUGGGACAUGAAUCUUCCAUAGAAUUUCCACCAACAAGGUGCAAAAAAAGAAUCAUCAUCUCUAAGGGCAUUAAAGGCUGAUUUACAAGAAAACAUCCCUGAAGAAUCCUCUUUCCAAAUCUUGCAAUCCUUGAGCACUUGUCAAAGGCGGCUUGUGUCCAGAGUAUCUAAGAGACUAACCAAAUUUGAUAAUUCUGUAUCUCCAAGAUUCUUGCGAAAAUGUAGGUUCCAAGUCACUGGAUUUGAGUAUUCUACCACAAAGUGGAAUAUCCAAUGCUCCCUUUUUUCACAUAUCCUAGCUAGCCCAGGAAAUGUCUCACUUAAAGCUACCCACCAACACAACUCUCCUCCCAAAACCGAAUCUUGCUACCACUACUUGCCUUGAAAGAAACAAGUUGCAAAAAGUCCUCAUACAAAAGCCCUAUACCCUUCCACGAACUUCUAUGUGUUCCUCUAGAUCGCUUAUUAGUAUCCCACCCAUUGCAAUGCAUCCCAUAUUUAUUUUUGAUCACCCUACAUCAAAGAGAACCUUGCUCGAGGGGAAAUCUCUAUAGCCAUUUCAUCAAAAGUGACUUGUUUCUCAACCGCAAUUUACCAAUACCCAAACCACCCUUGUUUUUCGAGCGACACACUACUUCCCAAGAGAUUAAGUGAUCUCCCUUCCCCAACUCUCCUCCCUCCUAGAGAAAAUUCCUUAUAGUUUUCUCCAAAAUCUCUGUCACAUGGCCGGGCAUUCUAAACAGAGAUAAAUAGUAAAUUGGCUGGGAUGAUAACACAGAAUUAAUUAACGUGAGCCAGGUUAUCCACAAUGGCCAAGAAGUUCGAAGCUGUGGUGGAUGCUUAGAAGGGAGAGCUCCAGCAAGAAGUUCAAUCGAAAUUAGCAGCAGUAUGCCAGCGAUGGAAAAAGCCCUGCAACUUAUUGUUGCCCAAAUGAACCAAUCAACUCGAAAGGAUGUAAGCGAGUCUUCAUCAAUUAGCACCAACCAAGCUCGUUGAGCUGUCGAGGGCGAUACGAUGAUAUGAGGAUAGCCAGCUGGAUCGCAGGAGGCCCGGUCUUCGCCGAUCCCACCGAUGGUGCAUUCUGAUCAUUUCACUUCCGGUCCCUUCACUUUCGGUUCCUGGGUUGGCCGAGAUUACCGUUCUCCCAGAAUGGAGCUACCUUUGUUUUCAGGCGACAACCCCGAGGGUUGGAUAUAUCGAGCUGAACGAUAUUUCCUGCUAUCCAAGAUGACCGAAGCCCACAUGCUCGAGACAGCCAUCAUCGACCUAGACGGGGACGCCUUAACAUGGUUUCAGUGGGAAAAUCAAAGGCGACCAAUCACACCGUGGGGAACCUUGAAGACUUACUUCUUUCCCAUUUUUGUGCUUAGUCGGUUGGGUCCUUAUCGGAGGAGUUUCUGUCGGUGAAGCAAGAGUCUACGGUGAGGGACUAUCGGCUUCGUUAGGAGGCGCUGGCUUCUCGGGUACCCGAUACCCCGAAACACAUUUUGGAAGGAAAUAUUGUCAAAGGGCUCAAAGAAGAGAUCAGAAGUGCUUUUCGCAUUCUGAAGCCCAUAGGCUUGGCCCAAGUAAUGGACUUGGCCCAACGAAUUGAAGGUCAUCAGAUGUUGAGUGGGCCUACCCCAAAUAAUCGAUCAACUUCUCCCAAGCAGGCUUUAAGCCCUAUCAUCCCAACUCGAUCGUCCAUUUCAGCUUGGACUACUAAACCACCAUCGACUUUGAGCUCCAAUUCUUCGAUUGCUUCAGUUUCCACUCCGGUACCGAGUACUACAACAGUCAAUAUGAAGAAACCAAGAAACCUCAGCACGAAGAAUCACGGAGGCAGAAUAUCAAGAUAGGAAGGCUAGGGGAGUGUGUUUUAAAUGUGAAAAGAAGUGGCAUUGAGGGUAUGAAUGUGAGCAGAAGGCUUUGCAAAUGAUUUUGAUGAUGGAUGAGGAAGAAGGCAGCCCACAAAUGGAGUCACCACCAACAACCCCUGAAUCUUUAGAAGACAUUGCGAGUGAAGAGACCUUGGCCACUUUCACUGAACUCAUUAGUUGGAAUUACUUCAGCUAACACAAAGAUGAAACUAGCAGGUAAGAUUGGACAACACUCGGUAACGGUACUCGUAGAUAGCGUGGCAACACAAUUUCAUUUCAGUCGAUAUGGUUAAGGUAGCCAGCAUACCAAUCACAGCUACAUCUUGCUAUGGUGUUUUGUUGGGGACAUGAGGCAAGGUUCGCACGGACGGGAUAUGUAGCUCAGUGGAACUUGAUUUAGGAACUAUUAGAGUCGUAAUUGAUUUUCUUCCGCUUGAGUUGGGAGGGGCGGAUGUCAUUUUGGGUAUUAAAUGGCUGGAAACAUUGGGAAAUAUGCAAGUAAAUUGGAGAAUUAUGGUGAAGUUUGAAGUGGGGGGUUCUUGGAUAACUUUCACUGUGCAGCAAGAGGGAGAAGGAUUUUGGAGAGUUUGGGGAUUUUGCAGUGGAAGAGGAACCCAAAAUUUGUUCAUUACCACCACCUGUCACCACCAUUUUGGAGAAAUUUGGAGUUGUUUUCGAUAUGCCGCAAGGAUUACCUCCACCUCGGGCAAGGGAGCAUUCGAUAUGUUUGAAGGAAGGAAUGGGACCGAUUAGUGUUCGGCCUUAUCGGUAUGCACAAGCUCAGAAGGAUGAGAUUGAGAGAUUGUUGGUAGAAAUGUUGAAAGCGGGAAUCGUACAACCUAGCACAAGCCAUUUUUCCAGCCCAAUGCUCUUAGUGAAGAAAAAUGAUGGGAGUUGGUGAUUUUGUGUUGAUUAUGGGGUCCUGAAUCGAGCUAAGGUGGCUGAUAAGUUUCCCAUACCGGUCAUAGAUGAGUUGCUAGAUGAGCUUCAUGAUUCCUAGGUGUUCUCUAAGUUGGACAUCAAAUCGGGAUACCAUCAAAUUCGGGUAUGUGCCAAGGAUAUGGAGAAAACAGCCUUCCGAACACAUGAAGGGCAUUACAAAUUCUUGGUGAUGCCUUUUGGUCUCACAAAUGCUCCCGCUACUUUCCAAGCACCAAUGAAUAAGGUAUUUCGUGAUUUCUUAAGAAAGUUUGUUCUAGUGUUUUUUGACGACAUUUUGGUGUACAGUGCUACUCUAGAAGAUUGUGGAAAAAUAUACUCUUGAUUGUUAUUUUUACUUCUAAAGGAAUAGCCUUUAAAUAGGUUGAGUACAAAAGAAUAUUCUAAGUAUAGACUAAUUUACAUUAAUUACACCUUAACUGUAAAAUACUAAUUAAUAAUUCAAAUUGUUUCUACACCCUCCUUCAAGCUGGUGCAUACAAGUCCCACGUGCCCAGCUUGCACACUUGCUCAUCAAAGCUUUCUUUUGAUAAUCCUUUUGUUAGCAAAUGAACAGCUUGUUGUUUGCUUGGCACAUAAACGACACAUGGUUCUUUUUCUUCAAUUUUUUCUUUUAUGAAAUGACGGUCCACCUCCACAUGUUUGGUUCUAUCAUGAUGAACCAAAUUGUGCUCUGUAUUAAUAGCUGAUUUAUUGUCACCGUAUAGUUUCAUAGGAUUUGCUCUUUGAAGUUGUAGUUCUUCAAAAACUCAUUUGAUCCAGAUCAAUUCACAUAUUUCUUGAGGAAGAGCUCUAAGCUCACCUUCAGCACUGCCUCUUGCAACAACAGGUUGUUUCUUGCUUCUCCAAGUAACAAGGUUUCCCCACACCUUGGUACAAUAUCCAGAUGUUGAUCUUCUGUCCUCAAUUGAACCUGCCCAAUCUGCAUCAGUGAAAGCUUCUAUGCCUCUUUCUUCAUUUUUUCUAAACAAUAGACCUUUUCCAGGUGUCUUCUUUAGAUACCGUAAUAUCCUGCAAACUGCCUCCAAGUGUUCUUCAAAAGGGUUGUGCAUAUACUGACUGACCAAGCUAACUGCAAAGGCAAUAUCAGGUCUGGUGUGAGAUAAAUAGAUCAAUUUUCCCACUAGUCGUUGAUACAUCCCUUUGUCUACAGGUUUCUCUUUUUCUUUCUUCUUGUAUUUCCUAUUGGGUUCCACUGGGGUUGCUGCUGGUUUACAUCUGAGCAUACCAGUCUCUUUGAGUAGAUCAACAACAUACUUACGUUGAGAGACUGAAAUCCCCUGCUUGGUUCUUGCUAACUCCAUAUCCAGAAAGUAUCUCAUCUGGCCAAGAUCUUUUACCUCAAAUUCUUGGGCUAGUAGUUUUUUAACCUCCUCUAUUCCAUUAAGGUCAUUUCCAGUUAGAAUUAUAUCAUCAACAUCAUGGUUUUAAAAAAUGGUUGAGGCGUACGCCUCGAGGUGAGGCGGUAAAAAAACGCCUCUGAGGCGCCGCCUCAUAGAGUGGCAGUGAGGCGCACGCCUCACGUGGGUGAGGCGAAUCGAGGCGACCGUGUCUGAGGCGAGGCGGGCUGAGGCGGACUGAGGCGUAUGCCUCAUGGUUUUGCUCUUUUUUGGCUGUUUUAUUGCCUCACACGUGAGGCUUUUUUUAAAAUAGUGUUUUGGGCUUUUUUUUAAAACUAAAUGGGCUUAAAAUUUGGGCUUAUUUUAUUAGAUUUUAAGUUAAAAAAACCCUAAGUUUCUUCUCUUUUCUGAUUUCACAGCAAUCCCACGGCAGCAUCUCCCCUCUCUCUCUUUUCUUUCUCCUUCACGGCAGCAUCUCCCCUCUCUCUAACUUCACAGCAGCCUCUCUCCAUCAUCCCAGCUCUUCCUCACACUCUUCAUUUAUCUCCUUUUCAAGCAAGAAGCUCUCUCCUCCCACUCAUCAUCUUUUUUUUUUUUCACCUCUUUUUCUCAAAGUCAAGACAGUUACCAGCCUUCAAUAGUUCAAUCUUUUUCUCAAAGUUGAUUGUUUUAGAGAGGUAAAUAAUUUAUUUAAUCUUCUCUGUUUUUUGUUUUUCAAUUUCCUUAGUUUUUGUUUUAAAGUUGCUGAAUUUUUAAUUUUAUUUUAUGCUUUUAGUUGCUGAAUUUAAGUUGGGAAGGAUGAGUAGAAAAGAUCCUGCUUGGAAGUAUAGUGUUGAAAUAGAAGUGCCCGAAAAAGGUGGAAAAAAAGGAUACAAGUAUUUAUAGUGUAAUUUUUGUAGUAAAGAUAUUAAAGGAGGGGUGAAGAGAGUGAAAGAACAUCUUGCUUGCACACACAAAGAUGUAAAACCAUGUCCUAAAGUACCUAAAGAAGUCAAGGAUGAGAUAAGUCAAUAUUUGAAAGACUAUGAAAAUACAAAAUUUAUUUCUCAACGAAAGUUUGAUGAGGCGGUGGAUUGUGGAUCCUACUUUGGUGAUGGACCUAGUGGUUUUGGUAGUGGCAAUCCUUUGGAGGGCGUGAAUUCUUGUCCUAGUGGUAGUUCUAGAGGUGUUAGAGGGCCUAUGGAUCGAUUUAUGGAGAAUAAAGGAGAUGAUGAAAAUGAAAGAAAUACCGCUGCCACAAAAAUGACUCCAACGAGUGCUAAAGAGCAUCGAAAUCAAGUAUGUUUAGAUAUUGGGAGAUUCUUUCUUGAGAAUGGGAUCCCAUUUAAUUGUGCAAGAAGCCCAUCAUAUUUCAAUAUGUUGCGUUCGGUUGGGAAUUAUGGUCGAGGAUUGAAAGCUCCAACAAUGCAUGAAAUGAGGACUUGGAUACUAAAAGAAGAAGAGAAGACAACAUCCGAAAUUGUGAAUGAGAUCAAAGCAACAUGGAAACGAACAGGGGUUUCAUUAUUAUCAGAUGGUUGGUCAGAUAUGAGAAAUAGGAGUCUGAUCAAUUUUCUAGUUAACAAUCUCUAUGGGACUGUUUUUUUGAAAACUAUUGAUGCAUCAGAUUGUGUAAAAGAUGCACAAAAAUUGUUUGAAUUGCUUGAUGAUGUUGUUGAAGAAAUUGGUGAAGAUAUUGUCAUUCAGGUGAUCACAGAUAAUGCAAGUGCAUACAAGACAGCUGGAAGAUUAUUAAUGGAGAAGAGAAAAAGUUUGUAUUGGACUCUGUGUGCUGCUCAUUGUAUUGAUUUGAUGCUAGAGAAAAUUGGAGAAUUGCCACAACAUAAAAAUGCUUUGCUUAAAGCAAAGAGAGUUAGCAAUUUCAUCCAUAACCAUCAAUGGGUGUUGAGUUUAACAAGAAAAUUUGCAAAGAAAGAUCUUCUUCGACCAGCUGUCACACGAUUCGCCAUUGCCUUUCUAACUUUAGAAAGUAUGCAUCAAUUGAAGCAACCACUACAAAUGAUGUUUGUUUCAAAAGAAUGGUCAAGUUGUGCAUGGGCAAAGAAACCUGAAGGGAAAGCUGUGAAGAAAAUCAUAAUGAAUGAUAAUACAUUUUGGCCUAGUGUGGUUUAUUUCAUAAAAACCACAAAGCCCCUUGCGAAUGUUUUAAGAAUAGUUGAUGGUGAGAGGACACUAGCAAUGAGAUUUAUUUAUGAUGCUAUGGAUGAGGCAAAAGAAAAGAUAGCAAAGAACUUAGAUGGAGACGUGUCUUCAUAUAAGGAGAUUUGGGAUAUCAUUGAUCAGAAGUGGAAGUUUCAAUUGCAUCGCGACUUGCAUGCAACUGCAUAUUACUUGAAUCCUCGAUUCAGAUGGAGUCCCAAUGUUUCCGAGCAUCCAGAGAUUAAAACUGGUUUGUAUAAGUGCAUGGAUAGACUCAUCAAGGACCAAGAAACAUAUGUGAAGGUCGAUGCCCAACUUGAUGAGUAUAAAUACAAGCGAGGAUUGUUUGGCUUCAGAUCAUCCUUAACAUCAUACUUAACACGUCCGCCUGUUGAAUGGUGGGACAACUUUGGAGAUGAAGUUCCAGAACUCAAGUCAUUUGCAACAAGAGUUCUAGGUCUUACUUGUUUAGCAUCGGCAUGUGAACGUAAUUGGAGUACGUUCAAUCAAGUGCACACAAAGAGAAGAAAUCGUCUGAGCACAAAAAAGAUGAAUAGUUUGGUGUACAUUAUGUACAACAAAAAGUUGAAGCACAAAUUUUUUAAAAAACAAUCACGAAGAGAGGAAGAUGAUCCUUUGAUUGUUGAAAAUGUGUCUUCUGAUGAUAAAUGGGUAGCCAAUCCAAAUGAUGAAGAGGAUGGUGAUAGUAGAGCAAUCGAAGUUGGUGGGGAAAUUGAGAUUGAGGAUGAGGGUGGAAGUUUAGCACCGAGGAAGAGGAAAAGAAAUCAAGCACCAAUUGAAGUGAAUUUGGAUGAGGAAGAUGAAUUUGAAGGAGGAGAAAAUGACAGUGAAGAUGGAGAUGAUGGUCGAGCUAUACAAUUUCAUGAGAGUGAUGAUGAAGAAAGUGAAGAGUUCUUGGAGAUUUAUUGCAUUUUAUUUAUGAUUUGAAGACUUAUAACUAGAACUUUUAUGACUUUGAUAUGGACUUAUUGUUUGUUAUGAAUUCUAUGAAUUUUAUGAAUUUUAUGAAUUUUAUUAUAUUUUUAAAAUUUUAUUUGUUCUUAUAGUUGAGGCGUAGUUGAGGCGUACGUCUCGUUGCGCCUCGAGGCUUACGCCUCGCGGUACUAAGAGAAACGCCUCGCCUCGCGAUUUCGCCUUUCAAAACCUUGAUCAACAUAGAUAAUAAGAAUUACAAUCUUACCAUCUUGUGAAUGUUUGAAGAAUAGAGUAUGAUCCGACUGACCUUGUUUGUACCCAUGCUUUUUGAUCACUUGAUUGAACCUCUCAAACCAUGCUCGUGGUGAUUGUUUCAAGCCAUAGAGAGAUUUCUUUAAGUGACAUGCUGUUUUUUUUCCAUAUUUUCCUUCGAGACCAGGAGGAAUCUUCAUAUAGACCUCUUCCUCUAAAUUUUCGUUUAGAAAGGCGUUCUUAAAAUCAAGUUGCUGCAAUGGCCAAUCAAGAUUAGCAGCUAUUGAUAGGAGAAUUCUUACUGUGUUUAGUGCAAAUGUCUCUAUGUAGUCCACCCCAUAAGUUUGAGUGAACCCCUUUGCAACCAGUCUCGCCUUGUAUCUAUCUAAAGUACCAUCAGCUUUGUAUUUCACUGUGAAUGCCCACUUGCAUCCUACAACAUGUUUGUCUUUUGGCUCAGCAACUAUUUUCCAUGUAGCAUUUUUUCCAAUGCCCCUAUUUCUACUUCAACCGCUUUCUUCCACUCAGGAAUGGACAAGGCUUCAUCAAUAUUCUUUGGAAUAAUUGUUUCCUCAAUUUUGGCAGCAAGGGCUCUGAAUUUUGGUGUGAGUCUGCUGUAGCACACAUACUUAGAUAUAGGAUGUAAAGUACAAUUCCUCACUCCCUUUUUGCAAUGGACAGAUCUGAUUCUAUCACACUCGAACUAAGAUUAGAAUCAAAUGCAAUUGGACUCAAAGAAUCACUUACAUUGGGAUUUGUCACUGGUUCAGACUCAUGGGAGACGAGAUCCGUAGUUGGCGGUAUUACUUGAUGUUUGUUCCGUCGUCUUGUAUAAACCAACAACUCUUUUUCUGAAUUUAUUUGGUCUGUCUUUUCCAUUUCAAAAGUGUUUUGUUCAGAAUUUAGCACAGAAUUAGACUCAAUUGGCGGUCUAGACGCUGUUGGUGGAUUAGAUUCAAUGGGUGGAUUGAAUUUAGGUCCUAUCAUUGGUAAACAGGUAUCCUAGCAGUGAGUAUAUUUAACAAUCCCUCCCUGAAGUGAAGUGUUGGGAUAAAAAGGUUGCUCUUCAUUGAAUGUGACAUCUGAUGAGACACUAAGGUGACGAGUGAGAGUGUUGUAACAUUUGUAGCCCUUUUUGGUGGAAGAAUACCCAAGGAAAAUACACUUUUGAGAACGAGGAUCAAGUGUGGUAUGAUUAGGUCCUAAAACAUGAACAUAGGCUGUACAACCAAACGGUUUUAGUGGAAUACCUGAGAGUAGGUGAGUCUGAGGAUAAAUCUUAAUAAGAGAAGAUAUUAGAGUUUGAUAGUGGAAGACACGAGAAGGCAUUCUAUUGAUUAAAUAAGCUGUUGUCAAAAUAGCUUCUCCCCAAAAAAUCUUAGGAACAGUAGUAGUAAACAUGAGAGCCCUAGCAACUUCUAACCGAUGUCGAUUUUUCCUUUCAGCAAUCCCAUUUUGUUGGGGAGUACGAACACAUGAGCUUUGAUGGACAAAGAAGGAAAACAAAUUGAGGUUAGUCGGUUGGGCCCUAGUGAAGAGGAACAAGGCCCUUUUUCUUCAAUUAAAAGUAGUGACAGGCCCAUAUCCCAUAAAGGGGAUACUCGGCUGGGCCAUAGUGUAAAGGAAAAAGGCCCAUUUUUUUCAAAUACAAUUAUCCUUAGUGCCCAAUUUCACUAUGAAGGCAGCAGACCGAAGGGCUAUACUUACAACAUGCUUUGACUUGAAAAAAAAGGAGUUUUGCCCAAAAGAAAGAGACGCAUUCUCAAGAGCAAUUAUCCUCAUUUGGUUAGAUUUUAAUUGGUCAAACAAAGCAAGAAAGAGCUCAGUCCUCAUUAAAGAAAUGGAUAUUUGCGGCAUAAGUACCCAAUGUUUGGGUUUUGUACGCGGCAUAGACCCAAUGUUUAUUUUUAGUGGCGAAAGUACCCAAAGUCAGUAAAACUGUAAUUCCGUCAGCCUCCUCCGUUAGGUUCCGUUUCGUGAUGACUGGACCAACACGUGUCACUUCGUGAUUGGUUCAACUCAAUAAUAUAUUAGGGAUAUUUGCAGCAUAAGUACCCAAUGUUUGGGUUUUGUACGCGGCAUAAGUACUCAAUGUUUAAAAAUAAUUAUGAUUUGGACCAAUAAAAACGUGACACGUGUCUGCCUAACGGAGUCUAACGGAGGAGACUGACGGAAUUACAGUUUUACUAACUUUGGGUACUUUUGCCACUAAAAAUAAACAUUGGGUCUAUGCCGCGUACAAAAUCCAAACAUUGGGUAUUUAUGCCACAAUUAUCCCUUAAAGAAAUUGAAACUUCAGAUCAGGAAGAAGAAAAGAAGACACAAGAAAAGCUGUUUGUGUACACAAAAAAGAAGAAAGUUUAUUCAAAAAAGGCUAAUAUGGGAAUAGUAGAUACAGUGGACAACCUUCUAGACGAAAUAGUUGGCAUUGAAGAAUUACAGGGGUAUCAUGAUGACAGUUCGACUAGAGGCAGCUCAGAGGAUGAGGAUGACCAUUCUCUUACAUCAUACAAGGAAGAAUUAGAAGCAAUUCUGCCAGAUAUGAGACAAUUGUGGAUUACAAACGAAGAUAUGAAGGAGGACGUGGGGGACUUUUACAAGAGGAAGGUCAAGAGGCUGAAUUAGAUGAUCUAGUUCAGGAGAGUGGUUCACACCAAAAAAAGGAGAUUGCUCAACAACAAGCACAGGAUUGGAGUGUUCUUGUGCAAUCUCUGAACAAUAUGGGGAUGUCAAUGGUACUUAAAAAACCAAGGAGUAGAGAACUAAAAAAUUUGACAUUCAGUGUGAAUUAUGAAAACAACCGGAAGAAGAAUGGGGGCUCAAGUAAAUCUAAAUGAAGAUAAUGACUUGGAAUGUGAGGGGAAGCGGGAUAGUGGAGAAGAGGAGGGCCAUGAAGGCAUCCAUUUGUAAGAUAAAUCCUGAUUUAAUUUUUCUUCAAGAAGGUAAAAGGGAGAGUGUGGAUAGAAGGUUCUUAGGAAGCAUUUGGAGGUCUAGAUAUAAGGCGUGGACUUUACUUCCUGCAGUAGGAAGAUCAGGUGGGACCCUUAUAGGGAAAAAAAUCUGCUGUCCCCAAUUUUCUAUCCCCUCCAUGUCCCACCAAUUAGUUUAAGACAUCUCAUUUAUUUAUUUAAUAUAUAUUUAAAUUAUUUACAAUUUUCUCUUUUUCCAAUUAUAUUAAUACUAUAAAUAGAUGACGUGUCUUACAAUAAUUGGUGGGACAUAGAGGGGAUAGGAAAUUGGGGACAGCAGAUUUUUUUUCCCCUUAUAGCAUGGGACACGAGAAAUAUAAAAGUGACUAAUUCAUUAGUGGGUGAGUUUUCAAUAUCAGUUUUGAUCGAAGCAGAAGAUAAAAGUCCGUGGUGGUUCUCAGGGGUGUAUGGCCCAAGUAGAUAUGGGGAGAGAUCAGCUUUCUGGGAUGAAAUAGUGGGGUUAAGUGUAAUUUGCGGAGAAAAAUAGUGUCUGGGGGGUGACUUUAAUGUGGUACGGAGAGUACAGGAAAAGCUGAAUAGCAGUUCUACUACGAAAAGUAUGAAACUUUUUGAUGAUCUAAUAAGGGAAUUGCGACUAAUAGAUCCCAAAUUGAAUAAUGGGAUGUACACAUGGUCAGAUUUUAGACAACAACCCAUAUGCUGCAGAUUGGAUAGAUUUCUAUUCCCUACCAAAUGGAACGAGUUAUACUCAUUUGCUAGACAGGAAGUCCAUGUAAGGAUCGUAUUAGACCAUAGCCCGAUAGUUCUUGACUCCAAUCCGCCAUCGUGGGGACCCAGUCCUUUUCGUUUUGACAACUCAUGGUUAGAACAUAGUUCCUUCAAUAAGGAAUUUGAAAAAUGGUGGAAGAAUGCACAAGCAGUAGGAUGGCCACGGUAAAAAUUUAUGGAAAGGUUGAAACAAGUUAAAGGAAAGGUCAAAGAAUGGAGUAAGAAGGAAUUUGGAAGUAAAAGAUUUUUGAAACAAGCAUUAGAGAGGUGAAUCACAGAGCUUGACAGGUUGGAGGAGAGGGGCAACUGGAACUCAGAGUUUGUGGAAGAAAGAAGUAGAAUUAAAAAAGAAUGGCAGCAAAUUUCUCUUGAGGAGGAAAGAGGGCUAUGGUUGAAAUCAAGAUGUAAAUGGGCUAAAGAGGGAGAUGCAAACUCAAAGUCCUUCCACAACAUUUUAAGCGCCAGAAAAGCUAAGAAUUUCAUAUCUAGGAUUGAGAAAGAUGAUGGAUCAAUACUGGAUAAAGAGGAUGAUAUAGUGAGUGAAAUCACCAACUUUUAUUCCAACCUCUAUAAAUCCUCCGAAAGAAGCGUCUUAGACAUUGAAGGAAUUGAUUGGAAGACAAUACCAGAGUAUUUAGCAGAACAUCUUGAGAGACCCUUUGUGGAGGAGGAAAUUAAACCGGCAGUGUUUGAUUGUAAUGGGGAUAAAGCGCCAGGCCCAGAUGGCUUCACAAUGGCAGUGUACCAAGCCAACUGGGAAGUAUUGAAGGAAGACUUGAUGGAGGUAUUCAGAAGGUUCUCAGAAGAUGGAAUCAUCCAAGGAAGUAUGAAUGAAACAUACAUAUGCCUCAUACCCAAAAAGUUAAACAGUUGCAAGAUCAAAGAUUAUAGGCCAAUCAGUCUAAUUACUAGUCUGUACAAGAUUAUUUCCAAGGUUCUAUCCUACAGGCUGAGGGGGUCCCUGCUGACACAAUAUCAGAAGCUCAGGCUGGUUUUGUAGAGGGUAGGCAAAUAUUAGACUCGGUUUUGGUAGCUAAUGAGGUUGUUGAGGAAUACAAAAGUAAAGGAAGAAGUGGAUUGGCUUUCAAAAAUUGGCAAACUACCGUGUUGGCAACUUUUUGGGCCUUAUGGCUAGAGAGAAAUAAUAGACUAUUUGAAGAUAUAUCCAAUUCUGUAGACACUAUUUGGGAUAAGAUAAAAUUCUGGGUGGCUACUUGGGUGUAUAGAAACAAAUUUUUUGAGGGGGUUCUCUUUUCUGAUCUUAUUAGAGAUUGGGCCAAUUUCUGGAUUUAAGUUUAGUUGUUUGGGGUUAGUUGUGUUUUUUGGGGUUGUUUUGUUGUUUUCUUGUAACCACGGUUUUCCUCCGCCACAAGUGAGGGUUUUUAUUAUUUUGAGUUGAGGUCAGUCUUUGACCUCUGUCUCUUUUUCAAAAAAAAAAAAAAAAAAAAAAAAAUUGACUUUGAGAAAAUAUGACUAUGUCAAGUGGGACUUCCUAGAUUUGGUAUUAGCAAAAAAGGGCUUCAGACAAAAAUGGAGGAGAUGGAUGAGGGGUUGUUUGUCCUCUGUCUCAUACUCUGUCUUCAUAAACGGGAGACCUAGAGGGAAGUUUUUCGCAACCAGGGGUCUUAGGCAGGGUGAUCCCCUAUCCCCUUGUUUACUGUUGUGGUGGAAAUUUUAGGAAGAAUGGUAGAUAGAGCCGUUGAGUCACUCUUCUCCACAGAUUCCUUAUUGGGAGAGAAAAGGUCAUAGUAAGUCGCCUUCAAUUUGUAGAUAAUACGGUGUUCUUUGUGAAAGACGAGUGUUCAAUUUCAGAAACUGCUAGACAUUUUGAAGGUCUUCUGUGCUCUAUAUCAGGGAUGAAAAUUAACUUGCACAAAAGUCAGUUACUUGGGUUGAAUAUGAACGUGGAGUCAGUUGAAUUUUUGGCUCGAAACAUGGGAUGUGAAGAGGGUCAAUGGCCGCUAAAAUACUUGGGAUUACCUUUAGGGGGAAAUCCUAAGAAGUAAGUGUUCUGGGAACCUGUGGUGGCCAAAUGUGCCAGCGGGCUUGAUGGAUGGAAGAGUGCUUGUCUGUCUAGAGGGGGGAGAUUGACUCUAAUUCAAUUUGUUCUUUCGUCUUUAUCAACAUAUUAUCUUUCACUAUUUAGAGCGCCCAAAAUCAUUAUAAACACUCUUGAGAAAAUAAUGAGGGAUUUCUUUUGGGAAGGAGGUGAAUUGCUGGGCUUAGAACAUUUGGUGGCUUGAGAAACGGUGUGUAAACCUAGAUUUCAAGGUGGAUUGGGAAUAGGCCAUUUGGAGUGGAGAAACAGAGCAUUCCUCAUGAAAUGGUUGUGGAGAUUUCCAUUAGAAGACAGGUCCUUGUGGCAUAAAGUGAUAAAAAGUAGAUAUGGGGUUAUUGAUAAUCAAUGGGAUACCAAAACAGGGGAAAGAUUGUCUUACAAAGGCCCAUGAAAAAGUAUUGCGACACUAUAUGAUGAUUUUCUAGGUUUGGUACGUUUCAAGGUGGGUAACGGUCAGAGGAUCAGAUUUUGGGAGGAUAUAUGGUUUGGAGAUGUUGCCUUAAAGGACCUAUUUCCUGAUUUGGCACUUAUCUCUAAUGCUCAUAAUAGAAGUAUAAAUGAGAUAGUGGUCGAGGGUGAAGGAUUGUCAGCUUCUAAUUGUGGGUGGAAUCUCCAUUUUAGAAGGAAUUUGAGAGAUAGGGAGGUGCCAAAUUUACUGGAAAUGCUCUAGUUUCUUGAGCAAAAACCAAUAUUUCGGAUGUUGAAGGAUUCAAGAAUUUGGAUUCCAGGAUCCACUGGUAAAUUUUUUUCUUGCAAGUCUGCUUUCCAUGAAUUUGUAUCAAAUCAACCAACGGUAGAGGAAGGAUGGGCUAAAAUAGUGUGGAAAAGUUGUGUUCCAUCAAAAAUCAAGAUAUUUGGGUGGUUGAUAGCUGUGGAAAAGUUGAAUGUUCAAGAGACCUUGCAAAAGAGAAGGCCUUUCCAGUCUUUGUCACUGGGUUGGUGUGUUUGCUGCAAGAACAAUGGGGAAUCUCUCUCCCAUCUUUUUUUUGAAUGUUCAUUUACAUCGUCAUUAUGGAACUGUUUGCUGAGAGUUCGGCAUCCAGUGGUGUAUGCCUCAGAAAUGCAAACAGUUGUUGGCUUGCAAGCUUAGAGGAGGCACAAGGAUGUUUAGGUUGUGGUCGACAGCAGUUUUAGCUAUCCUAUGGGCUGUGGUUAGAAAGGAAUGGUCGUAUAUUUGAAAAUAUAGAAAACAAAGUAGAAGACUUGUGGGAGAAGAUCAAAAUUUGGGUUGCAUUGUGGGUGUAUAAAACUAAAGGUUUUGUUGAUUUAUCUUUUCAAGAUCUCAACAGAGAGUGGGUCUGUAUUUUGUUUUAAGAUACUAUAUUUAUGGCUUAGAAAUUUUGAUGUUUUAUUGUAUGAUUUAUUGCUUUAAUAUUUGUGUUACCACGGUUUUCCUUCGUCAUAAGUGAGACUCCCUAAUAAAUUUGAGAGGUCAGUCUAAGACAUUUGACCUCUGUCUCUUUUUAAAAAAAAAAAUGCCAUUAGAGAUAAGAUAAUCACUUAAGAUGGAAUUAAAAUAUUCUGUACCAUUAUCAGUGUGCAGAACUUGGGGAUUAGCUUGAAAUUGAUUUUUAAUCAUUGAAUGAAAUUUUUUUGAAGGUGGCAGCGGCAUCAGAUUUGUCUUUUAAAAGAAACACCCAAGUUAAAUGAGUAUGAUCAUCUAUAAAGGAUAUAAACCAUCGAGUAUUAGAGAUGUUUAUAACCCUGGAUGUCCCCCACAUGUCACUAUGAAUGAGAGUGAAAGGAUGAAAUGCCUUAUAGGGACAAGAACGAAAAACACUUCGAAUAUGUUUUGCAAAUUGACACACUGCACAUUGGAACAUGUUCAAGUGUUUAUUUUUAAACAGACUAGGAAACAGAUGUUUCAGAUAGGGAAAUUUAGAAUGUCUUAGUCGAUAAUGUCAUCUCAUAAUAUCAAUAUUAGAAGCAGUACAACCAGAAUGCAACCUUUUAUUACCUUGAGCAGAUGAAGGGUCAACAUCAAAGUAGUACAGGCCGCUACAUUUUCUCGUACUUCCAAUUGUCUUCCCCGAGGACAAUUCCUUGAAAUCACAAUGUAAGGGUGAGAAUUUUGCAAUAUAACCUUGAUCAAGGGUAAGUUUGCUAAUUGAGAGGAGAUUACAAGAUAGAUUUGGCACAUGGAGGACAUCUUUAAGAGUAAAGGAGAGGAGAUAGAUAAACAGAACCUUUACCAGCCACAGUUGAUAGAGAGCCAUCAACAAUUUUUAAUUUACUAGUACCUGGACAAGGACUAUAAGUAAUGAAGUGAUGAGAUUGACCAAUCAUGCGGUUAGAUGCGCCAGAGUGGACGAUCCACGACGAAGUUUGAGCCUUAAACGCAGCAGAAGUGUUUGGAGUGGAGAAAUAUCCUAGAGAGUUCAGAUCUGGUGCGAAAGUUGACAUGAGCAACCUAUGGAGUGGAACAAUCUGAUCUGUGGUGAAAGGGAAUGUAUCACGCUAAGCAGCAGUCAUAGCGCGCUCUUUAAAAUUGUUUUCAGCAGCUGAGUGGUGAAGAUUAGGCUGUUCAAAGUGAUGGGUAACAAUCUCAGAGAGUGUUUUUGAGAUUUCGGUGAUGGUGGAAUUAUCACAAGUGGUGUUGAGAUCAGUUGGAGAAGUAACCAUGGUCGAUUUUCAAUGGUCAGAAAGGAGAAAAAAACAACUGAACAAACCCAAAAAAAAAGAAAGUGCAAGAAGAUGAUGAGGAGAGGAUUGGGAAGUGGUGCAGCAAAGAAAUCAGCUGAUAGAGCCCAGAACUGUUGAAAAUCAGAGGAAAGGUGCUGGCUGGGAAGAAAUGGUUACAAAGAUCAUCAACAACACUUAGAAAUGGUUCUUGGAAGGCUACUGUAGCACCAACUCUAUGCAAAUCGCAAGAAAUGUUUGUUUGCUUAAAGCAAACUUGAGUAUUUGGGCCACAUCAUUUCAGCCGAGGGAGUGUUAGCCAACCCGAGUAAAAUUGCGUCUAUGGUUGAGUGGCCAAUACCAAAGACCUUGAGGGACUUGCGGUUUUUUUUGGGUCUCACAGGGUAUUAUCACAAGUUUGUAAAAGGUUAUGGACAGAUUGCUCGACCCUUGACAGAUCAGUUGAAGAAAGAUGCUUUUGGUUGGUCAGCAGACGCACAGGUCGUGUUUGUCAAUCUGAAAGAAGCAAUGUGUUCAGUACCUGUAUUAGCAUUACCGAACUUCUUUAUCUCUUUUAUGUUGGAGGUGGAUGCGUGGGGCAGUGGAUUGGGCGUAGUAUUGAUGCAGAAUCAGCGGCCCAUCGCCUUCUAUGGUCAGGCCUUGUCAUCUAGAGAUCGUACCAAGUCCGUUUAUGAGCGAGAACUAAUGACAAUUGUGUUAGCAGUGCAGAAAUGGCGCCCUUAUCUGUUGGGUCGCAAAUUUCUAGUCUGAACGGAUCAACGGAGUCUCAAGUAUCUAUUGGAGCAAAGAUUGGUAGCUUCUGAGCACCAAAAGUGGCUGACCAAGUUGUUGGGGUACGAUUUUGAUAUUGUUUAUCGAUCUGGCUUUGAGAACAAGGCAGCGGAUGCACUUUCUAGGGUACAUGAGGAUGUGUAUUUGGCAACUAUAUCGGUACCGACACUCAUUUCCAUUCCCGACUUACAAGCUCAUGUGGAGACUAAUCCAUCAUUGGCAAAGAUCAUCCAAGAACUCUAGCAAGGCCGUGAUACAGGUGGGUACUCAUUGGUUCAAGGUUGCUUGAAAUUUUGAGGUCGCUUGGUCAUUCCAUCAUCUUUGCAUUCAUACCACUGUUACUCCAUGAAUAUCAUGGCAGCAGCGUGGGGGUCAUUUUGGGGUAUUUAAAACAUUUUAGAGAGUGGCAAAUGAUAUAUAUUGGGCUGGGAUGAGAAGAGAUGUUCAAAAGUAUGUGUCGGAGUGCACCAUAUGUCAACAGAAAAGUAUAUAGGCCAAUCUCCCACUGGUUUGCUUCAGCCACUACCCGGAGCAAAUUUGGGAAGACAUCUCAAUGGACUUCAUUGAGGGAUUACCGUUGUCUAAUGGAUUUGAUACAGUCCUUGUGGUAGUUGAUAGGCUUACCAAGUACAGUCAUUUCAUCCCUCUUCGCCACCCAUUUUCAGCCAUUACUAUUGUCACAGUGUUUGUGAGGGUAGUGGUAAGGUUACAUGGUAUUCCAAGGUCGAUUGUAUUGGACCGUGACAAAGUGUUUAUGAGCCUAUUUUGGAAAUAGCUGUUUCGCCUGCAGGGACCCCAACUCAAGCAUAGUACCGCCUACCAUCUGCAGUCCGAUGGGCAAACGAAGGUCAUCAAUAGGAGCCUUGAGACAUAUUUGAGGUGCUUUGUGAGUACGAAACCCAAACAGUGGGUAAAUUGUUUACCUUGGACAGAGUAUUGGUACACACAUCGUGCCACGCUUCUGUUGGAAUGAGACCUUUUUUCAGCAGUUUAUCACAGAGAUCCUCCCCCGGUUGUGAGAUUUGAACAUGGGAGCACAAAGGUUUCAGCAGUGGAGAUCAACUUGAAGGAAAGAGAUGAGGUAUUGGAGUUACUAAAGCUGAACCUUCAGAGAGCUCAACACAAGAUGAAAAUGCAAGCUGACAAGAAAAGAUGUGAUGUUCACUUUGCUGUAGGGGAUUUGGUUUAUGUGAAAUUGCGACCAUAUCGACAAAGAUUAGUGGCAUGACGUCGUAAUGAGAAGUUGGCACUGCGUUUCUUUGGCCCUUAUCCAAUGGUAGCGCGUGUAGGGAUAGCGGCAUAUCGCCUAAAACUACCUCCAGAUUUUGCAAUCCACCCAAUAUUUCAUGUGUCACUGCUUCAGGCAGCUUUGGGACCUCACCAACAAGCGUCUGUGUUGCCUCCAGAGUUGGCAGCAGACUUUGAGUGGAGACUCACACCGGAGAAGUUAUUGGUAAGCCCAGGCACACACAAGGCUCCCCCACAAGCUUUGAUCAAAUGGGUUAACCUUCCAGAAUUUGAGGCCACUUGGGAGGAUUUUCUAGUACUUCAGUUGCAGUUCCCUGAUUUUCACCUUGAGGACAAGGUGAGUCUUUGGGCAGGGGUAUUGAUAGGCCACCCUUGACAUAUGUGUAUGCUCGGAGGGGAGGAAAACGGGUGGAGAAGGCCAAGUCAGCAGAGGGUAUGACAGUAGGGACUUAGUGUCAAGAAUUAGUUAUGUAAGCUGGUUUAGCCUAUGGGUGGGUGUAUGGGGAGUUUGUGUACUCCUGAGUAGUAAUAGAAUAAAGAGUGAGUGAGUCAUCUGUUUGGGGGGUGUGGAAUAGCUGAGUAUUGUUGUAUUUGGAGAGAUACAGACUCUCAAAUUCCUGUUAAAUGCCAAUUUCCAUUUUCUUCUCUGAUUGGUUUCUGAAUUACCUAUAUUAGUGCUUUGUUUACUAACCAAUUUGGCAGGAAUACCCUAUCAUUUGCCACACCCACAAAUAACUAAUUUGACUUAGUGUGCCCACUGUAGAUAAUUCUUACCAUCGAGUUUGUGGGUUGUGAUGUGGAGAGAGUUGCUAUCAUGAUUGUAAGGAGAACCUAUGGAUCCACUGGACUAAUGUUGGGCCUGAGUUGGGGCUUGAAUCUGAGUAGGCCCACUGGUUUGAGAAGAAACAUCUUCAUUGGUCGACAUUGUUGGAGACAAUAGACAACCGACUGAACAAUUUUUGAAAAAAAAGGGCUUGGGCAUGGAAUAGCUGGGCUUUAGUCUGAAGGAGGUGAGAGAGACAGAUUGAGAUAAAAUGGGCUUGGGCCUGGGACAAAUGGGCUUUAGUCCGAAGAAAGGAGACAGAAACCUGAGUGAGUCGCACGGGGGAAACGAAGGGAGGGAGGUUAGCUUGGACGGAUUGCCGGUUUGGAGCAGGUGCGAAUGACUUCGCCUAAGAGCCUGGAAGUGCGCCAGACGUUGCCUGAGAGCCUGGAAGUGCGCUGGACUUUGCCUGAGGGCCUGGAAGCUGAGCUGAAUGCUGACAAGGACUGGAUCGAGGGCCUGGGACAACACCCGACUAAGAUAGGAUGUCGCCGGACUGAGAGGGGAACCGUGGGACGUCGCCUGAGAAGAUGGGAGGUCACCGGAUAGAGGGAAGAGACGUCGGCUCUGAUACCAUAUAAAAAAGGAGGAAAAAUUAUAUUUUCUGAAUUCUUUUCUAUGUAUAUUUUACAACCUAAAAUAAGAUAUAUGUAUAUAUAUAUAUAGAGAGAGAGAGAGAGGGUGUUUCAUAUCAAUCCCCUUUAAUGCUGAAUAAUACAAUAAGUAGUAUUCCUAUAAAAUAGGAAACUGAGCAGGUAAAACAAAUCAAGAGGAUUUGAUUUCUUGGCUAUCAACAACAUGAUAUAUAUCUAUAUACACAAUUACAUGUGUAUAUUAUAUAAUAUAAUUAUUUUUGUUGAUGAUCACUUUAUUAGUGACUUAUCAAAAUUAUAUUUGAACUUUAACAUGUUUAAAUAGAUACAAUAUUUAUAUUGGAAUCUAUUUAGUAGGUUUAGUAUGUGUAAAUUUGUUUUAAUAAAAUAAAAUAAUAUAAAUAUAACAUUUAUUUUGGUAUUUUAAUAUUUAACAACACUUUAAUUAUAUAAUUUACCACACUUUAAUAUAACUUUUUCAACUCGCAUCAUUUCAAAAUUUAUAAUUUACCAAACACUCACUAGCUUUUCCCCAUAGUACAACCGCAGCAGCAUUUCCCCACAAUACAAUUGCAACUCCUCCCCACAGCAUAGUUUUACCUAAUUGGCUUCUAAACUAAACUAAUAAAUCAUUAAAACACUAAAAUUUAAGGAAUAAUAAUAAUAAUAAUAAUAAUAAUAAUAAUAAUAAUAAUAAUAAUAAAUGUUUGAAAUAGCAGCCUCAAGUGAUUUCAUGUAGUAUUUUCUAAUUAAUGCUUGGAUUUUAUGGAUAAAUUAACAUCUUAGAAAAGUCACUUUUAUUGAGCCAAACUUAAUUAUGUAAUUGUUAUAAGCCAGUUUUGUUGGGCAUAGCACUUUAAACAAGCCCAAAAUAAGAAUAAUAAGCAAGGCGUUAGCCUUUUGGCACUCUUUUUUUGGCUGCCUCAAACAGAGAGGAGUAAGCCUCUCUUCUCUUCCUUAAGGCGUAAGGCUUAAGGCCUUUUUUUUAAAGCCUCACUUUGAGGCCAGCCUCAAGCCAGCCUCAAAAAAUCUUUUUUAAACAUAUUUCUAUCUUAAUUUCAGAUUUCAGCUCUUUUGUUGUUUUCCUUUUGACUACAGUACAAAGAUAUGAUCCCACGUAUCAAGCAACCAAGCUGCAUUUUGAA